CGGGGCGGCGGGGGGGGCCGGGCGCCCGGCGCCGGGCGCCGCCGAGCCGAGCCGGGAGGCGAAGCCGCGGCCCCGCUGAGCCCGCCCCGGGCCUGCGGGAGCAGUAUGGCCACCAGCCUGUGGAUGGGGGACCUGGAGCCAUACAUGGAUGAAAACUUUGUUUCAAGAGCCUUUGCCACCAUGGGAGAGCUUGUACUGAGUGUAAAAAUCAUUCGAAACAGGUUGACAGGAAUUCCUGCAGGCUAUUGCUUUGUAGAAUUUGCAGAUCUAGCUACUGCAGAGAAGUGUUUACACAAAAUCAAUGGAAAACCGCUUCCUGGUGCUGCACCGGCAAAGCGAUUUAAAUUGAAUUAUGCAACGUAUGGAAAACAGCCCGAUAACAGUCCAGAAUAUUCACUUUUUGUGGGAGACCUGACUGCUGACGUGGAUGAUGGCAUGUUGUAUGAGUUUUUUGUUAAAGUUUAUCCAUCAUGUAGAGGUGGAAAAGUUGUUUUGGACCAGGCAGGAGUAUCCAAAGGGUACGGGUUCGUGAAAUUCACAGAUGAACUGGAGCAGAAAAGAGCGCUGACAGAGUGCCAAGGAGCCGUGGGGCUGGGCUCCAAACCUGUGCGCUUGAGUGUGGCUAUACCGAAAGCUAAUCGCAUGAAACCAACGGAGUACAACCAGAUGUACAACUAUAAUUAUAACCAGUAUUACCAACAAUACCACAGCUACUAUGCACAGUGGGGCUACGACCAGAACACGGGCAGCUACAGCUACAGCUACCCCCAGUACGGCUACACACAGAGCACAAUGCAGACAUAUGAAGAAGUUGGUGAGGAUGCACUGGAAGAUCCAGCGCCUCAGCUGGACGUCCACGAAGCAAACAAACAGUUUAUGGAGCAGAGCGAAGAGCUCUACGACGCCUUGAUGGACUGUCACUGGCAGCCUUUGGACACUGUCUCGUCAGAGAUCCCAGCCAUGUUAUAGCCUCGUUGCUGAGGCCCUGUCUGUGUGACGAAUCCGCCCGUGCGCUCUGCUCCAUUGCAACUGGAUCCUGCAGGAGUGAGGGGUGGCCCUUUUCCCACUCAGGUCUGUGACUCAAGGUGCAGGAGGAGCGUGGUGUUUCCUGUACAAACACGAGAAGCGUGGGAGCGUCGCGGUAACUUCUAUUCACGGUGGAAGUUAGAACUGCAACGGUUUUAUUCCUUUUGUCUUGAAGUGAACUCUUAAUACUACUUGUAAUUUAUAAACCUACAACGAGAUGGCACAGGGGAAAGACUACUCCAACGUACAAUAAAGAAGUUGGUCUUUUAAGUAAAGUUACCCAUUGCUAUUUGGUUCGUGCCCCCCUUUCUGUUUUGCUGCCCAUGGAACUGUCUUUAGUCACUUGAUCCAACUCUUGUCAAUGUGUCGGUUUGGUUUGGUUUGGUUUGGUUUUUAAGAGUCACUGCCAGAUAGCACUAAAACGUCUCCAAAGCUUUCUAGUGACUGGGUGAAGUUGCUGUAAGUUGAGUAUGCGAAGGAAUCAUGCAGCUGAAAGCCUACGUUCUGCUUAAUCUAAGCUGUGAUCUUGAGCUAGCAAGUUUAUAGCUUGGUGUUCCAAAGCAUUUUGGAGAGCAAAGGCAGAAAAGAGUGUUAGAAAACUGCUACAGAUUGAUGCCUUCUGCUUGGUGGCCUCCAGCGUGUUUGGCUUGCCUCUCCAUCUGUGUGUGAGCAAAGAAUUUCCCACCAGCCAAGCAGUUUAAAACACUCCUACCAGCAACCUCGUUUAAAUGUCAUUGUAUGUACGAUGCCUUUCUCAUUGUGGACAGGCCUUGAUGGGCCCUUUGUCAUGUCAAGGUUUCACAGCGUCUUCCACUGUCUUGUCAGAGCAAAUAUGGUGAAACUGAAGCUCUUGCAGCAAAAACGGGUCAGAGCAAUCUAAUCAACACAUUGUGCAACAAAUUGUUGCUGAUUUGGAAAGCGGUUUUCUACUGAAUGUUGCAUAAGCUGGAUGGACAAGCAAUAUAUUUAAGCUAAUGUUACGUUGCUUUAGAGGUGAAAGCAAAAAUAAUAGCACUUAUGUACGUGUUGUAAGCCCUUUUCAGGCUUUUGUGCCUUAAACUCUUUGAGAAAUAGGAAGAGAUAAACUACCUGUAAUAAAUGUCUGUCCAAGAAAUAGUUUGGUAACUGAGAUUGCUAAUGCACAGCAUGAAGUUGCCUCCCUCCCCAUAUUGAUGCAGAGAUUUGCCACGAAAUUUAAAUACUUUCAUAAAGCCUUCUUCUGCUACACCUGUGUUUGUUUGUGAUAUAUUUGUCAGUCUGUGGUCAUUUUUAUCAACUGCAUUGGUGAACAUCUCUGUGAAUAUGAGGGUAACGGUGACCUGCACUGGACUUACCCUAUUUCUGGUGUGCACUGGACUCUGCAUUCUCAUCAGCUGGGAACUUUGAUCUCCCGCUGUGCUUCUGGCAGCGCAGUGGACUGUAAGCAGUGCUCUGACCUUCAGUUACUCUGAAUUUAAGGAAAGGAAUGUUCCUGGUGUGUGCUGGUGCCAUCUCAAGGGCUACGGAGAGGUGGAAGAGAGCUUCUUCCCUUCGGUGAAGCUGCUCAGCGGUGCUGGAUGCUAAAAGUGACGUCGCUCUACUUGGGAAGCUGCUGUUCAAUAGGGUAGCAUCUCAGAGGUGAUGUAAAGGUUUUUAUGUUCUGCUGUUACGUGUUUUUUAGAUCACUGUUACUGUGCUGCAAGAGUGCUACUCUGUGCCCUUCAUUCUCUCUUUUUGAGCUGCUCUUCCCUACCCACCCCGAUUUCAGCUUUUAUAACACAGCCCUCCUGAUCUGCUCCAGGAGGGGACCUGAAGCCACACCUCCUUUAUCAGUCAGUUAUCUGUGCUGCUGCUGGAAGGCUGGACAACACUGCUGCCCCAUUCAGCGUUCCCUAAUGCACAGAUAAACCAUACCCACAGAAGCUCUGUGUUACACACUGCCGACCAACGCAGAGCCCUGUGCUUGCAGGAGGUGGAGAAUAAAGGGAAGCCAGGCUGUGGGAAGGAGUGGGACAGGUUGUUACUGAGUAGCACCCUUCACAGGCAGUUGCCCUUGUGCAAAAUCGUGUUGCUGUGUUCUUUCAGUUCUGUGGCAGAAAGAAUGCUGGGAAUGACGAGUCUGAUCCAUCAUGAGUGGCAUCCACAAGCUUCUAGGGUAGCUGUGUGCAUGCAGAAGGGGAUCAGGAAAAUAGCAGGGCAUUAGGAGAACACAUCCAUUUCUUACAGCAGUGUCAAAGCCGGGUAUUACCAAAUUUUCCCCCACUCAGCUGGGGUGAGUGAAAAAGGAGGCAGCUUUUCUCUGUACCUUAUUGUGGGUGGGAGAGGUGCAGUACCAGGCUUUGUGAGACAAGGAAGCGUCCUCCCUAGCGUAGCUUCGUAGAUGUGGGGUUUUAAUUGCCGUCCUCUUGGGGUUGUUUGUGAGAAUCUCAGCCAAUGCUCUGCUGGGCUGGGAAUCUCACCGUGCUUUUGUCUGCAUGCCAUUUAUUUAUCUCUGUGCUCGUUUUCAGCUCCUGGCUACUAUUGCAGCACCUGCAGCAGGGAAGGCACUUUUAUGUGGCACUACAAACGCGGUCACCUGCAUUUGCGGUGUUUGUUUUGGAGUCCAAGUUAAAGAGAGUGUGGGAUUUUGUUUCUUGUGGGUGGCGAAAGGAAAAGCCCUAAUUAAGAACCAUUGAGAGCAACACAAGAUGAGAAACAAGGACUCCGCGCAGCAGGAUAUAUUCUGCUUUUAUCUCUAUGUGCUGAAGGCAAGAAAUCCGAGGCAGAUGCUAUCACAGCUCACCGGGAUUACGUACUUCAUGAAAAUUGCAUCAAAAUCUGUGACUUAGACUCUGAAGCAUUCAGCCUUUCAGCAUGGAACGUUUCCUCACAACUACAAAAGCGACUUCAACAUUCUGAGACUGAAAGGCAAUAAUCCAGUCUGGAUUAUUCUUCUGAUUGCUGGAGAUGUCGGAUAACCACCUGAGUUGCAGAGGCUGAAAUGCACACGCUGCCCAGGAGCGCUGCAGGCCCUCAGGAUUCUUCAGAAUCCCAUUGGAGGAAUGGAGCUGUUCUUGUCUGGUCUUUAAGUGUUCUGCCAGUGUCUCGUUAUUGGCUUGCUAAUCCCCAGCUUUUCCAAUGAGAUCGAGGAGGAAUUUUUACCUUCCACUCCAUCUCGUAAAACACCCGUUUCUGGGUUUAACUUGGGAUUUACUUAAACAAGGAAUUAAUUUGAUGCCAGGAUAGGGUAUGGGUUUUAAAUGCAGUAGCCACGUGCAAAAACUGAUAAAGCUAGUUCAGGAAAAAGCCCCUCUGACAGAGCUCUCUUUACCUUUUUUGGUUGUUCACGUUGAUCUUUGGGGAUUUUCCCCACGCAGAAGAUCAUCUUCCCAAGCACUCGGUGUUUAACAAAGUCAUCUGUGGGGUGUUUUGUUGUUACAGCGAACUCCCCGUUCUGUCCCACACUGGGAUCUGCGAGGGAGGUUUCCAGCUUCCGGCUGCGUGAGUUGUUCCACGGAGAAUUCGGGCUCUGGUGAACGCCCCGUGACUGGGCCGAGCGGCAGCAGGUUCCUUAGGGAGGGGGAAGGCAGGGCCGGCUGCUUGGACUCAGCCCCCCGUGGCUUUGACAGUGACUGUUCCUCCACCUCGAAUGGAAGGAAUGGAUGCAUAGAAACUUAGCAGCAAAGCUUUGUUACCGUUCGGUCGGGUAUUCUUUGCUAGCAGCACUGUGGAUAUUCCCCCUACAAGCGCUUCAAAGCUGCCGCGAUUCCGAGCCCAUUGCAUUUCCACACUGUGUAUAUAUUCAUCAGUUACACGCGAGGUAAUUAACACAGGCACGCCCACCUCAGGCAGUGAUUUAUGAGCUCUCCACUCUUCUAUUCCAUGUGCUCUUCUACCGUCUAGCGUUCCUUUAGCAUCACGACAGCCCAACCGGCAGCCUCCUCCUUCAUCCCAUGGUCUUCCUCGCUCAUCCUCUGGAUGAACUCUCUUCAUUGACGCAUUCUCAGGAGGAGGAUGCCUAUUCUAAGUAAUCUAUAGGUACCAAAAUCUGCUCACUCAGCACCCAGCCAUUACUUGUGGGCAUCUGCUCCUCCUUGGAUAGAGAUUAAAAGGCCACCUGCCUUUUAAUGAUAUGCAAUGACAUAAAGGAGACAAGGAGGAUGGAGGGGAGUAUCUUGAUGCCUGCUCAUUGCAUCCCAACCUACUCCCGGAGUGAGACAACUCAGCCUCGUGUGCAGGCCACGCUUUACAAAGGGUACGGCGGCCUGCUUCUUCAGAACAGCCUGAAAAGGCAGAGCGGGAAAAACGCGGCGCCUGCACGGAGCGGCCGAACUACAACUCCCAGAAAGCACCGCGGGGACUCCCGUCCUCGGCAGCCAAUCAGCGUGCGCGCUGCCGCCCUAUAAAAGCCCACGGCGGGCCGCCCUCUUUCUCUCUCUGUGAUGGCGGCGGGUGGUGCGCGUUGUGCUCUGCGGGGACAAUCCGCCGCAAUCCGCGGUCUGCCGAGGUCCUCCCGCCGCACAGCCCCGCCGCGUUGGUGCCCGGGGGGCUCGGAGUCCGGCGGCCGCGGGAUGGAGUGGCUCCCUCUGUGCUGGCGGGGCCUGGGCCGCCAUGGGAGCGGUGUGGAGCUGCUGCUGCUCCCGGCGUCACCCGGUGCAGGAGGCGGCGCUGGGCAGGGUUUCCAGGUGUUCUGGAGCUUGCUGCCUGCUGACAGACCCAAGGAGCUGCACGCUUAAUGGAGGAGACUGAGAGCUUGUGAGACCCCGUGGAGGGUGUUGGUUUGCUUUGCUUAAGGCCGAAAUUGUGGAGGAACUGAAGUGGAGCAUGUUUGAAUGGAAUAUGGACCCGAGUGUCUUCAGUCCUAAAGAAGCAGUGAUCUGCACAACCUCGUGGUGGCUGCUCUGUGCGUUGGGAGCUCCCCCAGGUGGGAGAGCUGCAGUGGUGCAGCGGUCACUGAGCACUGCGGGCGGGGGGAGCCUCUGAGGGGCACUGCCAAAGCUCCUCCCAUUCGGAUGCUCAGCGAGGAAGAGUGUUCCCUGCUCGGAGUUUUGUUAGAAGAGCUUACAGGAAGGUUUGGAUUGGGAAAUAUUUGGAGCAUGGUAUCCAGGUCUGGGGCCUCCAGCACAGGAAGGAUGUGGAGCUUCUGCAUGGAGGGCCACGAGGUGAUCAGAGGGCUGGAGCACCUCUCCCAACAAAGACCAGCUGAGGGAGCUGGGCUUCUUCCUUCCUUCCCCCCACCCUGCAGUGCACAGAGAUGGAAUGAUACCCGUGUCCCUUCUGUCCUAUCAGGAGCCAGAGUACCUGGGUGCCAUUGCAUGUAUCUCCCAAAAAUGCAUCCGGCAUCCACAAAUGGAUCCCAGAGCCUCUCACCCUCCCAGACCCCUCUGAGAAUCACUGUACCUAGGGCCUGUGGCUCUGCUCAUUGCAUGUGCAGCAAAGCCAGGGCGGGUUGGAGGGGCAGUGAGUGCGGGGCUGGGUGAUGGGUGCCCUGAUGGCAUCAACGUGUGGGCACACAGUGCCAGGGUUUGGGCACAGCAGAAAUGCCAGAGUCCUACAGUUCAUUCUCGCCUCUUCAUUAUUUUAGACACGUAGCUCCAGGCAUACGAUUCCUUAAAGUAUUACUGUUAAGAUUGUUCCGUUACAGUAUCUAAGUAAUUUUCUUGUAAUGGUAAAAUAUAUUUUACAAAAUGCAA